ACCGCGGCGGAGGAAAAACGUUGGGGGACGUUUUUCGUUUGCAUUUAAUGUAGUAUCCAACGUGAAAAGGCCCCGGUUCACUGCUGUUGUUUAGUUUUCGCUAUCCUUAUUCGAUCGGGCGGGGAGUGUGGCGGCAACGACGAGCCGCGUGUGCGUGAGUGUUCAUAUCCGCGGCCGCAUACGGUUGCCGGUCGGUCGGCGUGCUUCUCCUUAUCCCUCGGGCGAUAAAGUAUCUUCUUAAUCGGCUAAUCGCUCCAAGGGCGGACCGGAGCAGGAGCGGAGGGACAACAGAAGAUACUAGUAUCUAGGUCCUGCUCGUAUGACACGCCACGGCAACUAAUCGCCGAAAUACACUGGUGCCCACUGGUUAGCGGCGGUAGACCGUCGGAAGAUCACGAACCAUCAAUUAGCGUUCUCCCCAUCAGCACUCUGUGUUCCUGCGUGUGUGGGGCCCGCACUAGCUGCCAAACACUGCCGACGACUCGGAGCGAUGGGCGACCUUUACCUCACCAAGGAGCACCUGGCUGGGUUCGAUAACUACAAGUACAAUGCCAGAGACACGUCGCCGCUUAGUAUAUACGUGAUGCACCCAUUUUGGAACUGGCUCGUAGAGUACUUUCCUAAAUGGAUCGCACCGAAUCUGAUGACGUUUGCCGGCUUCCUGUUCACGGUAGCCAACUUUGUGAUGCUUUCUUGGUAUGAUUGGGGUUUUUGGGCAAGCACGGAGCUCGAAGGGGCCACGCCAGUACCGAAUUGGUUUUGGGCGUUGGCGGCGGUGAACAUCUUCCUCGCCUACACCCUGGACGGUAUCGAUGGGAAACAGGCCCGACGUAUCCAACUGUCCGGACCGCUCGGUGAGCUGUUUGACCAUGGACUGGACUCGUACUCGGCAUUCUUCAUCCCGGCCUGUCUGUACAGCAUCUUUGGCCGUGGACCAACGUCCGUUCCGCCGAUCCGCAUGUACUACAUCAUGUGGACGAUCUUCUUUAACUUCUACCUGUCGCACUGGGAGAAGUACAAUACGGGUGUGUUGUAUCUCCCAUGGGGCUACGAUCUCGGCAUGUGGGGCUCGGUACUGAUGUAUCUAGCGACGUACUCGUUCGGUUACCAGCUGUGGAAGGAACCGAUGCCGUGGGGAGUUACGGCCGGGCAGCUAAUGGAACUGUGUCUGCACGUAAGCGCCAUGUCCAAUCUACCGAUGGUCGUUUACAACAUGUACCGCUCGUACAAGGAUCGUACGGGCAAGAUGCGCACCGUCAAGGAGGCCAUGCGUCCACUGUUCACGUAUGGUACCUUCAUGUUCGUGUGCCUACUAUGGGUAUUUGUAUCACCAAGUGACAUCAUGAACCGUGACCCAAGGGCUGUCUACAUCAUGACAGGGACGAUUUUCAGUAAUAUUAGCUGCCGUCUGAUUGUUUCACAAAUGUCGAACACGAUCGCGGAAACGUUCAAUUGGAUGACGGGGUUGCUAGGAGUGGCCGUACUGAUGAGUGUCACGAUGCCGCUACUUGAAAGGCCGAUACUCUAUCUAAUGGUGAUUGGUUCCUCGCUAGCCCAUUGGCACUAUGGUAGUGGUGUGGUACAACAAAUGUGCCAACACUUCAAUCGACGGUGCUUUUUGGUAACGAAACCAAACGAAGUGCGUGACUAGGAGGCACUGCUAUGCACUGCCUAGUAACCUUACGCGCGGGUCCAUGCUGAUCAGUCGAUCAAUCGAACACAGACACUGAUAUGGGCUGGAGUGGACGAAUGUCAAUUUGUGACUGCAGCAGCAACAUGGCAGACCGUAGUCUGUCGCUUCGGCGUAACAAACUUUUCCUCCUCUUCCUCGACUAGGCAGUGUACUUUUAUCUCUAGCUUUUUCCUAGCCCUGCCGUUUUUCGCACUUUCCUUUCGGUUUAAUAGAUGUAACACUGUAUACUACUGAUAACUCGUAUUGCAAUUAGGUGUUAUAGUAAGAUAAGAGCACAGUAACGCUUUGAAGCACACGCACGGGUCGUUAACCUAAAUGGAGGGUUGCUGUGAAUGGACAGGUUAUUUCCUUCUUUUAUUUGAAUGAUUAGUACUUUGAAAUGAAGUAGUAUCUUCUCGAAAACAAUUGUUAUUGCUUGCGUGGAAUUGUGGCCGUUACAAAACGGGUCCUAAAUUCGAAUCAUGCGUUAAAUAGGGAUUUCCAAACCGCCUCCAACGGCGCCUUCCAUACUAGGAAGAGCCCUGCUAGGGCAUAGCAUUUAGUUUGUUAUUAAUGGACACUAACGGAUUUCGCUCUUUAUACAUCACAAUGCGUGCGAGUAAAUUAGAGUUUAGUGCGAGCGUAAGAAGGGACUACGAAUUCCAACAGGUACAUUAGCGAUAAGUUCGCCACUGGAAGACGCAAAAAAUCGAACAAAUAAUUUAUCCCAAAGAACAGCUUUUACUGUUAUUAGUUGGUCGUAUCGUUACUCAUUACUUUCAUGUUGCCUCGUCGGUGGCUACUUCUCCUAACGCCCCGAAUUGCAUU